CAUUUCGUGGGUUUUAGGGUUUUUUGGUCUUGUAGCUUGUACGAUUUUUUUUUUUUUAAUUUUUGGCUUCUGCUUCUGCCUCUUGACCAAAAAUGACUGCUCAGACCGACAAAGAGAUCGAAGAGAUCCUCGCCGCUCAUCUCGAUCAACAGAAAAUUGAUUCGGAACAACCUGAACAGCCCGUGGUUGAAGAUGAUGAUGAGGACGAGGACGACGAUGACGAUGAUGAGAAGGAUGAGGAUGAUGCCGAAGGACACCAUGAUGGAGAUGGAAGUGGUAGGUCAAAGCAAAGCAGAAGUGAGAAGAAGAGUCGCAAAGCCAUGUUGAAGCUAGGGAUGAAACCCAUUCCAGGUGUUAGCCGUGUCACUGUCAAGAAGAGCAAGAAUAUAUUAUUUGUCAUUUCAAAACCGGAUGUCUUCAAGAGCCCAACAUCAGAUACCUAUGUGGUGUUUGGAGAGGCUAAGAUUGAGGACUUGAGCUCACAACUGCAGACUCAGGCUGCUGAGCAAUUUAAGGCUCCCGAUCUCAGCCAUGUGAUCUCCAAACCUGAGUCAUCAACCAUGGCCCAGGAUGACGAAGAAGUAGAUGAGACCGGAGUUGAGCCCAAGGACAUUGAGUUGGUGAUGACACAAGCAGGAGUCUCCAGGUCGAAGGCUGUCAAGGCACUCAAGGCUGCAGAUGGGGACAUUGUUUCUGCUAUAAUGGAGCUAACAACCUAAGAAUGGUGUUUGUUAGUGAUAUGUGAUGGAUCUAGUAGUAGCUAAUUUGGUUUCUGAGAUUGUGUGCUUCAGGUCGGAUAUCCGUUUUUUUUCUUAUUGUUUUUGAAAUUUCUUUUUUAAUGUUAUAUUUUCUCUUUUCUUGUUACUGUUGUACCAGUAUAAACCAUUUGGGAGUGAAUCUUUUUCUGAUAAGUGGAGUACUUUAUACCCUAUCAAGUUUUGGUUAGUUGCAA